CCAAGCCUGACUGCGACCGAGAACUGAGAUCCCAACCAGCUCAAGACACACCACUACGCAGCUGACCGCCAUGCUGUCCCGCCAGGCCAUCCUCCGCGCUGCCCGGACCGCAGCGCCCCAGCGCGCUGUUGCGUCGCAGGUCCGCUUCUACGCUGCUCCGCCCGCCGCCAACAACGACAUCGUCAAGCCUCCCGUGGCUCUCUUCGGCCUCGACGGCACCUAUGCCACCGCCCUUUACACAGCUGCAGUGAAGACAUCAUCUCUAGAGCCCACGGCCAAGAGCCUAGCCUCCCUCGGGGGCCUCUUCAAGCAGGACGCCAAGCUGGCCCGCGUUCUGAGCACCCCGACCCUGUCGGCCGAGGACAAGAGCGCCAUCGUCGCCGAGCUCAUCAAGGCGUCCUCCUCGAACAGCGAGACUGUCAAGAACCUCCUCCAGGUCCUCGCCGAGAACAACCGUCUCGGGCUCCUCCCCGAGGUCGUCAACAAGUUCGGCGAGCUCAUGAGCGCCGCUCGUGGCGAGAUCGAGAUGGUCAUCACCAGCGCCACUCCUCUCGACAACAAGACCCUCGGAAACCUUGAGAAGUCUGUCUCCAAGUCGAGCUACGUCGGCCAGGGCCAGAAGCUGAAGGUCACCAACAAGGUUAACACGGACAUUAUUGGUGGCCUGGUUGUUGAGAUUGGUGACCGGACCAUCGAUCUCAGCGUUUCUUCCAAGAUCGCCAAGAUGAACAAGCUCCUUACCGACACUCUGUAAAAUCACAUCAAGCUAGUCUCUAACCUGCCAGGGCCGGUUUUGCCCUUUUGUCACGUUAAUGGAGAGUAGGAGGCAGACCUUGUCCUGUCCAUCAUCCACGUUUGGCAGAGACUUUCUCUUCCAUGUAUAGACUCAUGUUUCCAUCCUUCACAUGCUCGAGGAUUUCAUGUGUCCAUAAACCUGAGCUCGCUUGCCGGAAGCCGAGUCAAAUGUUUACCCAUCAUGGUGGGUAACAACAGUGCAGUUUGGUAUUGAUGCAGCUGUGUCACUCCUACUCCAGACUCCGGGUCGUC